CAGGGGGUGGGGUGGCGUUUCGCCACGCUUUAUCGCUUCUCCGGCCCAAAUGUUUUAAUCAGAUACCUUGCGCGGGGUUUUGGUCUAUCUUUUGUGAGACAAUGAUACAAUCCUAUCGCCUCCUCCUCCUCUACUCUUUCUCCUUCCUUGCCUCUGGCUCCACCCCUACUUUGAUGAAAGUGGUAUGCUCUGACUUCCUUGGUUCUUCCUCUUUAUCCCCCCCCCCCUACCGCGCGGCUAGAUGGAAGAUUCCUUCCAGUAGCUCUACCGCUAUUGCCGCCAGGGGUCCUUCUGAGCCGCGCGGGUCGUGCUAAGUGUUCGCAGGGGGAUUUCCGUGCAAUUGGAUACAAUUGCAAUUGGAACGUUGCGCCGGCGGUGGGGAGUCGGCCUUGUGCGAGCCCGCAAAAGAGCCUUAUCAGCAGGUCAGAGACCGCUGGUCCGCCUACCUCAGUGUUGCCUACUCUGACUGGCAGCGGCUCCCCAAGGGGGUCAGAAAGGGGGGCGCGCAUCCCCAGCCCUACCUGGAUUGAACCUGGGAGCUUCUGCCUGCAAGGCUGUAUAAUAUUGGAAUGGAAGAAGAUACUGACAGGGCAGUGGCAUUCCACUCUUGCACUUAUGUGAAUGAUCACAUUGGCUUCUGCGGCAGCUUAAAAACAUUCCCAAAGGACUUUGUAGUAACAGAAAUUAAUGCAUUUGGGCAGUUAGUUAAUGAGAUCACAGCAGAUUCUCCUAAUAAAUCCUGUGAGAGCCUGUCGGAACAAGCUGGGUUCUGUCAACAGGAUCCCAAAAGGCUGAGACUGAGUCAUCCAGAACUGUGCACAGAUGAAGAAUAUUGCAACAUUCGGGAUGAUGAUGUUCGCUGUUCCCCAGAAUGUCUUUCUUUCUCUGUUAGAGAAAGUGAAGAACAUAAAGCUGAUAAUGUACCUGAAAAUCACCUUGCCCAAACUGUUACCCUGGACUCCUUAUUAGAUAAGCCCUUAAGGGAGCAACUCGGUCAGUUUGCUUGCCGUGUGAAAGACAUGUGGGAAUCUAAAUCUGAACGAGCGGUUCCUCCAGAUGAAUUUUCUCUUGGUCCAGUCCCUGACAAGAAGAAUCGAGCCAGCUUACAUGGUGCCAUCAGACAGGAAUACCCUUUCUUAGCCACGACGACAAAAUGUGGGGAGAUGAUUGUGAAGGCAAAUCAGGACUACCAAGAUCUUUGCCAGCUGGUGUCUGAAGAGGAGGCAUGUGGCUUUAUGAAAUUUUUAGAUGCCAAACUGGAACAGUCAAAGUUUGCUUUCAGGCCGGAUGGAGAUAAGGAACACCGUAAGAUGGUUCACCACUUUAUCAGUAAAAAAUUUGGGAAGCUUGUGGAAACCAAGUCUUUCACCGACGCUCAACAAAAGGUGGUCAUUAUAGUAAGGUUUCGUGAGAAAAGUGGUUCAAGGAAAAGGGCUGCUGUUGACAGUGGGAUGAGAAAAGAAAUUUACACAGCUUUUACCCUCCGGAAAGAGAACCUGGAAACGCUUGAAGCAAUUAGCUUCUUGUCUGCCGAACUUGGCGUGUUCCCUUCAGACUUCAGUUACACAGGCAUUAAGGACAAGAAGGCCAUUACGUACCAAGCUAUGGUUGUGAAGAAGGUGACGCCUGAAAGAUUGAAAGAACUUGGAAACACAAUUGGGAAAAAAGGAAUUGGUGUGUCUAAUGUACACUCUGCCAGUCAGCCGCUGAGACUUGGUCAAUUGCAAGGAAACCAUUUUGAUAUAAUUGUCAGAGAUUUAAAACUUCAGAGCAAUGACUGUUCUGCGAGCCUAAAGGAGAGAAUAUAUGAAGCAACUGAGAACGUCAAGAAAAAUGGUUUUAUAAAUUUCUAUGGACCUCAGCGAUUUGGACAAAGGCAGACUGUACAGACGGAUCAAAUCGGGUUGGCUUUGCUGAAUGAAGAACUGGUCAAAGCGGUGAAAUUGUUUUUCACGCCAGAAGAUUCAGAUGAUCCUGUAAACAAAGCGAAGAAAUACUUCCUUCAGACCGAGGACGCCAAAGGUACCCUCGCGAUGCUGCCUGACUUUAAAGUCCGAGAAACGAUGCUGCUGCGUGCCUUGAACCGCUACGGUAUAAAUCACGAGGGAUGUGCACGAGGGUGGCUCAGUAUUCCUCACUCCAUGCGUAUUUUCUACGUUCAUGCAUAUUGCAGUAAGAUUUGGAACGAAGCCGCUUCCUACCGGAUUAAGAUCUACGGUACAAGAGUUGUGGCUGGCGACCUCAUCUUUUCGGGAACACCUUCUGAAAGCUGUUCGCUGAAUGACAAGGUCCACGUAGUAACAGCUGCAGAAGAAGAAGCCAAAGAAUAUGCAAUAAAUCAGGUGAUUAUCCCAAUGGCUGGCUACAACGUCCGCUAUCCCACUAACAAAGUUGGGGAGUGGUAUCGCAAAAGACUUGCCCGUGAUGGGCUGCAGAUGCGCCAGUUCAGGCUUCCGUCAUUACAGCUGAACGUGCCCGGGUGCUACCGACAUCUCCUGAAGUAUCCGCGCGAUCUGUCGUACAGUUUUGUAAAAAGCGGCGAAGAACCGAUAGGAACUGGGGACAAUUCCCCGAAAGAUCCCGAAACUUCUCUUUCGGUGUCGUUUCGGCUUGAUCCUUCGUGUUACGCCACUGUUUGUUUGGGGGAAAUAAUGAAGUGCAAUCUUUAAAAAAAGAAAAGAAAAGACAGAGCUUCUCUGUAUAGAAAUAUGGCAAGCUCAAUAAAAAUGGUAUGGGGCUGCGUAGAAAAAAAAACACGGUGCUACACUUUGGCUUGGGGGAGGUAGGGGCUGCUUUUCCUCAGGCUGCAAAAUGUCUUGGGCCAGAUCCUCCCACCUUGGAUCUACUGUAACAAGACAGUGCAGGAGUACAGCCAAGUUGCCAGCCUUAUGCUUCCCGAACAGGUAAACCCAACAUCCCUGUGCUCCUAAAUUGGACCAGCGUCUAAUUCUUUGCCUUAUCCACACAUUAAGUUUCAACUUGUUAUUGCUCACCUAUCCUGCACCUGAGUAUUCAUACCACAGGCCCUGCAUUCUGGAGCUCUCCAAUUUCUCUUUGGCACUGGGUGAAAUCUGGCUUUCAGUGUUCUUUUAAGACUGAUUCCCCCCCCCUCCACUCUGCUUUCAAAUUGCUUUGUUUUUAUUGGCCAUUAUGGCGGCCUGGUCUUGGGACUUUUGGGGGGCUGAAGAGCAGGGUGAAAGUGCAGAUAAUGAAAAGGAAUGAAAAACAGAACAGGGCUGUCUUAAGCAUAUGCGGUAGAAGAGCCCGUCGCGGCGUUCCGACCGACGAGCGGGCUCUUUCCUGAACUCAACUCUCGGGCCCUUGACACUCUUAGCCUGGCACCCCUGAGAGUCCGGCGCCCGGGUGUCCUGCACCGCACUCCUAUCGCCUAUGGGUAAGACGGCCCUGAACAGAACUGUGUGUGUCACCUACAAGCUGAUGAUACUAACUCUGAACUUAUUCUAUCCCAGCCAUUGCAUCCUAGUGCAAAGAAAAAUAUUUGAAGUGCCCUGGACAAAUCCCGCAUGGUAAAUAAUAAUAUUUUUUUUAAUUUAUACCCCACCCAUCUGGCUGGGUUUCCCCAGCCACCCUGGGCAGCUCCCAGCAGAAUAAAAACACAAUAAAACAUCAAACCUUAAAAACUUCCCUAAACAGGGCUGCCUUCAGAUGUCUUCUAAAAGUCUGGUAGUUGUUUAUUUCCUUGACAUCUGACAGGAGGGCAUUCCACAGGGCGGGCGCCACCACCGAGAAGGCCCUCUGCCUCAUUCCCUGUAACCUCACUUCUCACAGUGAGGGAACCGCCAGAAGGCCCUCAGAACUGGACCUCAGUGUCCGGGCAGAACGAUGGGGGUGGAGAUUCAGUGGCCACCCAGCACUACCUUCUGACAUAGCAUCAUUAGGUAGGAGCAUAUUCUCCUGACCCUCUGCCUUUUGGACUUAAGUUCCCUAGUCUUUCUUGCUGCUGCAUCCUGUCAAAACUAACUAUCCUUCAUAUACCAAGCCCCCUCUUUCCUGUCAAAACCACACUCUCCUUCCUGUUCCCAGCCCCCUUCUUUUCUUUGGCUCCUCCUUUCCUCAGCUGCUUGUUUCUCUUCUCUUUCUCUUUUUUAGGCCUUUGGUUCUACCAUCCAUAUCUAAGGUCUUUGCUCCCCUCACUCCAUUGCCUGCUCUGCCCUUCCUUUAUACUUCCAGUUCAAUGCCACCUUCUGCAAGUCAGGAAAAUGCAGCCAUUGGGUUUGACUCCAGAUCAGGCCAUGCAGCUCUCUUUGCAUAAGGCACAGGGAACACAUGUGGGGUUGUUUGGUUUGAACGGACUAUGGUUCAGCAUAUCGUCCUAAGAGACCUCCUGUGUUUGUUUAUCCACAAACUGUUGCUAUGCCCUGAGAUCCUUCUAGUGUGAGUAAAUGAAGAAUCCCUAUAUGGAGUGGAGUAACAGCUAUUAAGAUAAGACUUUGGGGCCUGGCUCCAGAAUGACACAUAAGAGAAUUGCACUGUUCCAAGUGGGCAGUUGUGUUAUAUUAAUAGACUCUGCUGCUCCAUUGAGCUCAACAGUGUUAGCCUAUGUGAAUACUAAACUGUUGUAUAAUGGAAUGAAAAUAUAAUGUAAACCAGGACUGGGUUUUUGUGUUUAAAGGACUUCUAGGUCAGUUCUGCUACUGAUAACAAAAUUUCUGGGUUGAGAUGUAUUCUGACAUUCCCUUUCCCCUCAUUCUAUGUCCACCCCCCUUUCAAAAAACUGGACAGCUCAGUGGGUUAGAGCAUGGUGCUGAUAAUGCAACGGUUGCAGGUUCAAUCCCUGUAUGGGACAACUGCAUAUUCCUGCAUUGCAGGGGGUUGGACUAGAUUAUCCUUAGGGUCCCUUCUAAUUCUACAAUUCCAUGAAAGUCACUGUAUUGCACUUGGUUCCAUCUGGUAGACGUUAGGGUUGUUGUACGCAAAAAUCAAAAUAUAACCUGCUAGCUUGAAAUCCACCCACCUCUGGUAUAAACUAUAGUGCAGUGGAGUGAAUGGAGUGUGCAUACUUGCACAACGUGAUCUCCAGUUACAUAACGCUGCGUAAUUUGCCUUAUAGGAAUCAUUAACUCAACCUACUGCAUCAGCUUAAGAAGCAACAGCAACACUGUGGCCCCCUCUGCGAGCUGCUUUACAGUUAUCUUAAAUCAGCAACCAAAAAGACGAGCCUUUUAAACAGCUUCUCAUUGCGAACCUGUUCUUUUAUAAACAGUGGGAAUACACAUCCUGUCCUUAAAAGGCACAACAGUUAGCUGUAUUCCCAAUGUUUUUAGAGCAUAUCAGAGAGGGGAAGGAUGCCAUUGUGCAGUGUGUGAAUCCCUGCAAAAAAAAAGGAGGAGAUGCAGCCAUAAAUCACAAGCAGGGUGAUUUGGAAUCCUAACCAGUUGCAAAAAGAUUAAAAAUAUGAUGCAAGGUAGCAUAUAGACAUUAGUUGCAUGUAUUCUGCUUCAUCUGCAGGUGGCGCUGUAACUUUGCAGGAACUAAUGGGGGUGGGAAGCAACACCAGCCAUUUAUUUAAAUGACGUGUAGAAUGCUGUUGGUAUUAUUUCAGAUUUUUCCUGGGGUGAUGCAUCUUACUCUAGGGGGUUCAGCCUCUGAUUCUAUUUCUAAAGGCUAUAGGAUUACCUGAGAGCAAGAAGUGAGUUUUUGGAAGCACAGACUUUACCCAUUACAUCCCCACCAAAUUUGAGUUACAGUACUUGACCCAGGUGGCGCUGUGGUUAAACCACUGAGCCUAGGGCUUGCUGAUCAGAAGGUCGGCGGUUCGAAUUCCUGCGAGGGGGUGAGCUCCCGUUGCUUGGUCCCAGCUCCUGCCAACCUAGCAGUUCGAAAGCACAUCAAAAUGCAAGUAGAUAAAUAGGUACCGCUCCAGCGGGAAGGUAAACGGCAUUUCCAUGCGCUGCUCUGGUUCGCCAGAAGUGGCUUAGUCAUGCUGGCCACAUGACCUGGAAGCUGUAUGCCGGCUCCCUUGGCCAAUAAUGCGAGAUGAGCGCGCAACCCCAGAGUCGGUCAUGACUGGACCUAAUGGUCAGGGGUCCCUUUACCUUUAAAACAAAGCUGGAGUAGAAAUACCCUGUUUUUUUAGGCAGUUUCUAAAUGUUAGCAAAUGCAGUGUCAAAGUUAUUGCUGCUGUCUGUAGGUAACCAGGAUGGAUAAAAAUCCAUUAUUAUUUUAACAAUUUUUUUUUAAUUUUUUUAUUUAAAUCACUUUUUAAAAUUGGAUUUUGAAAAUAAAAUGCUUUAGGAGGAAAAAAUCUUUCUAAAGAUAGUUUUCUUUUUAAGUUACAUUAUAGUCCAAAGGCUAUUCAU